AUGCAGGCUGAAGCUUCUGCCGGCGCACCGGUGCAUGCGCCAGUAGGUGCUGCAGCGGCAGCAGCAGCAGCAGCAGCAACAAGGGACCACGAGCGUCGAGUGCAGCAGUUGAUACAGCAGCAGGAGCGACGCCACCAGAUGCUGCUGCAGCACCAACCUCAAGUGCAGCAGCAGCAGCAGCAGCAGCAGCACAGGUUCUCUUUGAAUUACCCUUUCUGCCCCCUGCUUCCAGAUCCUCUGGACCCAUCUCGGGACCACUGCAGCAGCAACAGCAGCAGCAGCAACUGCAGCGGCUGCAGCAGCAGCAGCAGCAGCAGCAGCAGCAGGAACAACCUUUCAGCACCGCCGAGUCUGCUGCUGGAUGCCCGAGGGAUCUGUGCGCAGCAGCAGCAGCAGCAGGAGCAGCACCUAUUGAUGCAGGCGCUGUUGCUGCUGGAGCAGGCCGAGCAUCAGCAGCAGCAGCAACAGGAGCAGCAACAGCAGUUAAGAGCGCAACAGCUAGUUCAACAACUGCUGCAACAUGAGCUGGAGCAGCAGCAAGAUGUGCAGCUGCUGCAGCAGAUUGAAGCAGCAGCAACAGCACAGGGUAACGCAGGAGAGUGGUGGGACGGUUGUUUGUCUGUUUGCUGCUGUCAAGAAGCAGCAGCAGAAGACAUGCUGCUGCUCCUAGGAGCCCCAGAGCCACAGCAGCAGCAGCAGUUACUGCAGCAGCAGCACUCAAGCCGUUCACCGCACAUUCAGCGUCUGCUGCAGCAGCAACAGCAGCAGAAUGAGCACCUGCAGCAGCAUGCGGUGCCGAGCCAGCAUUCAAGCAGCAACAGCAACGCAACAGCAGGUGCAGCUGCAGCAGCGGAGAGCAGCAGCAAUGCAACAGGAGCUGCUGCUGCUGCUGCUGCAGCAAAUGGCACUGAGUUGCUACAGCAGCUGCGCUCCCUUGUCUGCCGCCACACUCCACCUAGUAGCAGCAGCGACAGCAGCAGCAGCAGUGACAGAAGCAGCAGCAGCAGCAGCAACAACAAGGACAACAGCAAGUGGUUUUAUGCUGCACUGUGGCUGCAGCAUGCCUCAGGGAGACACAGCGACUUGCUGCAGUUUCUGCAGCGGCACACGCAGCAGCAGCCUGCAGCAGAUCCGCAGCUGCUGCUGCUCAAGGCGCAUGCUCUGGUGCGUCUUGGGAGGAGGAGAGAGGCAGCAGAUCUGUUGGCUUUGAACGCAACGAACAAAGACAUCGAGACAGUGCGAGUUUACAGAGCUUCGGAUAGAAGCCUUGAGGAGCUGCAGCAGCUGCAGCAGCAGCAGCAGCAUGACAGCUGCUGCUUUUGCUGCUGCAACAGAACUACUAGGAAGGCAUCUGCUGCCUCCAGAGGAAGGUGGCUGCUGCUGCAGCGCGCUGAGCUCGGGCCCCGCAGCAGCAAACCUCUGCAGCUCUCGCAAGUCAAUAUUGCUGGUGCCUUUGCGGUGCUGCAGCAGCUGCCGCUGCCUGCUGCUUACAGCAGCUGCGGCCUUGCCUUCUCAAGCUUUAAUGCGAGGAGUGCUGCUAGGCGAGCGCUGCUGGCUGGAAGGGCUGAAGAGGCCUUCGCUAUAUGCAACACCCUGCUGAAUGGAGACCCUUUUGACUCGGAGACGAUCCGCAUAGCUUGCAGCGCAACUCUUCUGGCGCCGCAUGCAGUAGAGAGCCUGCAGCAGCUGCUGCUGCUGCUCUCGCGAGCAGAUGGGCGCAGCAACUGCAUGCAGUUCGUCGCCACUGCGUGCCUGCUGCGCGGGACGGUGGAGUAUAUAUUUGGGGGGUUUCGUGCUGCAGCAGAAUCUGCUGCCAAGGCCAUUAAGCUAGGAGACAAAUCCCUGGAGCUGCUGCUGCUUCUUGCAAUUGCUGAUGAAGCACUGCAGCAGCAGCAGCAGCAGCAGCAAAUAAGCGCGGGAAGCCUUGCGCCUGAGGCGUUGGAAAGACUCUACCCCUGCUGCAGCGACGCUUUGCUGCUGAGUGCCCGCGUGCACAUGGGAAGACAGCGAGCGGCAGCUUCAGAAAUGCUGCGGCGCAAGUGGGGUGCUGCAGCUGCAGUGGAGCUGCGGCCGAGUUGUGCGUUGCUGCUGAAUGAGUUGGGGGUGCUUGCAGCAGCAGCAAAGAACUUCAAGAGCGCCUUGCGGUGGCUGGAGAGGACGGUCUCUGCUGCUGCUGCCGCUGCUGCUGCUGCUGCGGAUACACCUGGGAAGUGCCCAGAGUUGCCGCAGUACUUCGCCAACCUUGCUGUCUGUUUGCUGCGCGUGGGGCGCCUUUCUGCUGCUGCUGCUGCUGCUGCUGCUGCACUGCAAGCAGCAGCAAAGCUGGCGCAGCUGACAGGGUGCCCUUUUGCUGCUGCUGCUUCGUUUCAUGACUCCCUCUACGAGCUGCAGCAGCUGCGGUGCAGCAGGACAAGCGCAGCAGCAGCAGCAGCAGCAGCUCCGCUCCUGGGGCAUGUUGACAGCCAGGCUUCCGCUUGCAAGCACCUGCAGCGAGGGUUUGCUGCAGCAGCAAACCCUGUGCUGCUGGUUGCUGCUGAGGCCUCUUUGGUCUUAGGCAUAUUUCAUUUGCGCAGCGGCAACGGAGAAGCUGCUGCUGCUCUUCUUGAAUACGCAAUAAGUCUCACCUGGGCGCAUGAGUCGCGUAGAGGCUCGAACGCCAACUGGCUGCACGGGGAGACGGAUGCAGCAACAGCAGCAGCAGCAGCAGCAAACGGAGCGGCGACUCAGCAGCAAAGCUCAAGGCUUGUCCUGCUGCAGCGCCUCUAUGCAAUUGCAGUAGAAGCAGCAGCAGCAGAGCCGCGUACAGCUGCAGCAGCGUCGCACUCCCCUUGGAGUGAAGAGCUGCACAGGCCACUGCUGCUGCAGCAACAGCAGCAGCAGCAGCAACAGCAGCUGCUGCAGCGCCAGGUGUAUGCAGAGCAAAGCGAAUCGCAGGAUGAGGAGACUGUGCGGUGGGCGGCAGCUGUGCAGCUGCAGCAGCAGCAGCAGCAGCAUGCCAAGGAAACACUGAAGGCGUUGGCUGCGACCCUUUGCACCAGCAGCAGCAGCAGCAGCAGCAAUGGACCCAACGUUUAG